AUGUGCAGCAACAAGAAACCGCUACCUAAGCCAUCAGCGCCGAGGCACCCAUCGUCAUUUGCACCAUAUGAAGUUGGCCCGGGUAACGACGCUAUGCCGGACGAGGCUCCUCCCCAAUAUGCGGAAGAACCUGCAGCUGCUGAACGGAUCUUGAACGACGCAGCAGGAGCGACAGCCGAUGGGCGUAUCGACCUAAAUCUCGAUUCUAAACUUUGCAGAACCCUCUCCCUGCUUGUUCCUCGCAGUGGGCCUGAGCAGUUAAAUUUCGACCGGCCUGUCAGCAUUUUACCUCCCGCCUAUGCUGAGCAGACCGAAUGGAGCAUUCGCUUGAACAUCGUCAUCCAAGUUGUCGGUAGUCGAGGAGACGUUCAGCCCUUCGUCGCGCUCGGUAACGAGCUUCAACGCCACGGUCACAGAGUUCGCCUCGCUACUCACGACACCUUUGCCGACUUUGUACUCGAAUCCGGCCUUGAGUUCUAUCCUAUCGGCGGUGACCCGACCGAGUUGAUGGCGUACAUGGUUAAGAACCCCGGCCUGAUACCUUCCAUGAAGAGCCUCCGUGCUGGUGACAUCCAGAAGAAGCGCCUCAUGAUUGCUGAGAUGCUGGAAGGCUGUUGGCGGUCAUGUAUUGAGCCUGAUCCUCUGAACCAACAGCCGUUUGUCGCCGACGCCAUCAUUGCGAACCCGCCAAGCUUCGCCCAUGUUCAUUGCGCUCAAGCGCUCGGCAUCCCACUACACCUCAUGUUCACUAUGCCCUGGAGCAGUACUAAGUACUUCUGCCACCCUUUGGCCAACAUCAAUGUCAACGAUAGUCGUAUCUCGGCUGCUGUCGCUAACCAAAUCUCGUACAUGGCGGUCGAAUGGAUGACAUGGCAAGGGCAAAGUCUGGAUUUGGAAGACAUUCCUUUUUCUGAAGGCGCAAGCCUACUUGAGACAUUGCAGAUCCCUUUCACUUAUUGCUGGUCCCCAACACUCAUUCCCAAGCCUCUCGAUUGGCCGGAUUACAUUGACGUGUGCGGCUUCUUCUUCCGCGACGCACCACAGUAUAUCCCCGAUUCUGACCUUGGAGCCUUUUUACGCGAUGGAGCUCCACCUAUAUACAUUGGCUUCGGAAGCAUUGUCAUUGACGACGCUGAUAAGCUGACGGCCAUACUGGUAGAUGCUGUGAAAGCGACAGGCGUUCGUGCAAUCAUCUCCAAAGGAUGGAUCACUGCCGUUAUCCAUCACGGCGGAGCUGGGACGACCGCAUGCGGGUUGCUUAACGGAAAGCCAACGGUCAUUGUGCCCUUCUUUGGCGAGUGUGUGCCAUCUACCCGUUCUAUUUCUAACGCAGCAAACGCUAACAUGGCUAGUCAACCCUUCUGGGGCACCAUGGUCCAUGCUGCAGGUGCAGGUCCCAUGCCGAUCCCUCAAAAGACGCUUAAUAGUCAAAACCUCGGUCAAGCUAUCAGGGAUUGUUUGACUCCCGGUGCGCUGGCGGCUGCAAGAGGCAUGGCUGAGAAGAUGCGGCAAGAAGACGGAGUCAGACAAGCCGUUAACUCCUUUCACGCUAACCUUCCCCUGGAUAAAAUGCGUUGCGAUGUUAUACCUGGAUUGCCGGCUGCUUGGUCUUACAAAAUGGGGUCGCGGCAUCUCAAGCUUUCUAAAGCGGCGGCAGAGAUUCUAACAGAUAGCCACAGGGUCAAAUGGGGCGACCUUAAACGCUACGAGCCUCAACCCAUAGAUAUACAGCGCCGAAGGUGGGAUCCCGUCACCGCUCUCCUCUCAUCGGGGCUUAAGAUGUAUACUGGCAUGGUGGCCUCGGCAGCAGACAUCGUUAUCAAGCCAGCACAGGUAUUAAUGGCAGACAGACCUGACACUAGGUACCCAAACUCGGCUGGAACCUCAAGUACGCAAGCAUUAGAAGACUCGGUAUAUGGUAGACCUGCUGGGUUCAACCUGCCAGAAGGCAAUCAGAACAGGAGGAACGACAGAAGCUGCGCAGGUGCUGCCGUUGCUGGAUCCGCCGGUGCUGUCGGUGGAUUCUUCAAGGCCUUCACAAAGGGCGUCUACCUUGAUAUCCCGCACGCGCUUCAGGAGGGUAUGCGUGUCGCUCCACGACUGUAUGGUGGUGAGGUGUAUGACCCCGGUCCUGUGACAGGUUGGAAAUCAGGGGGUAUCGCUGCGGGGAAGAAUUUCAGCCACGGAAUUUUAGAGGGAGUCGGUGGGCUGAUUAUGUCACCUGUGCGAGGUGCGAAGAAGGAGGGAGCAGUAGGCGCAGCCAAGGGUGUGGGCAUCGGAGUCCUUAACCUGACCACGAAGGUAUCAUCAGGAGCUUUAGGGCUACUCACGUUCACCAGCCAAGGCGCCUACAAGAGUAUGCGUGCUUCCAUGCGGAGGGAUACGCGAAGGACCAUCAAGCAGUCAAGGCAGGCCGAAGGCGUCGCCAUGCUGCGAGAGGGCAAGCACCGUGUCGAUGCAGGGGCGGUACUGAGGGUUUUCGAUCGCCAGGUGGCGCAAAUUCCAGAAAGCAAGUAG